UGACCUUGCUUAUCAGAAGAAGGAUCUCAUAUACCAUCUCAUCUAUCUCUCUCUGCAAUUUCAUUCCGACCAACAUAAACCCUAGAAUCCCAAUUUAAAAUCAUAACAAGCGAUCGCCAUGGGGAACACCGAGAAGCUGCUUAAUCAGAUCAUGGAGUUGAAAUUCACAGCAAAAUCGCUGCAACGCCAGGCCCGAAAGUGCGAGAAGGAAGAGAAGUCGGAGAAGCUCAAGAUCAAGAAGGCCAUGGAGAAAGGAAACAUCGACGGCGCUCGAAUAUACGCUGAGAAUGCCAUUCGUAAACGAACCGAGCAAAUGAACUAUCUUCGGCUGUCUUCGCGCCUCGACGCCGUCGUGGCUCGCCUCGACACCCAAGCCAAGAUGACCACCAUUAACAAGUCCAUGGGCUCGAUCGUCAAGUCUCUCGAAUCUACUUUGGCUACUGGGAACCUACAAAAGAUGUCCGAGACCAUGGACCAAUUCGAGAAGCAAUUCGUCAACAUGGAGGUGCAGGCCGAGUUCAUGGAGAGCGCCAUGGCUGGGUCCACCUCAUUGUCCACUCCCGAGGGCGAGGUCAACAGUCUCAUGCAGCAGGUGGCCGACGAUUACGGCCUCGAGGUCUCGGUGGGGCUACCACAGCCGGCCGCGCACGCUGUGCCUACCAAGGAGACCGAGAAGGUCGACGAAGACGACCUCUCCAGGCGUCUUGCCGAGCUUAAGGCUAGAGGUUAAAGUAUUUCAAUAAUUUAUCCCCUGUAGUAGGAGGAUUAUAUAUAUGAUCAAAUAUAUGUCCGAUUGCAAAUAGUGACUGCAUUUCGAAAGGUUGGAACUUUAUGUGUGUAAAUUAUAUUGCAUUUGGGUAUUUUUCUUUUUCUUUUUCAUAACAAUGACAUAAACCUUUUUCCA